CGGAAGUCCCCGGUGCCUCGGUGGCUGCGGUGGUGGCAGCGUUUGGGAGCGCGGUGGGAAUGGCGGAGGGGGGGGGCGGCGGUGACGUCAUCGGAGCUGACGUCAGAGGGGGUGACGUCAUCGGCGGCCAUGACGGAGGAGGAGCUGCGGCAGCUGAAGCUGGCUCUGGUGUCGGCCGCCUGCUCGGCCCUGCAGUGCGACGGUGCUGAGCUGCAGCAGCGCCUGCGGGACCUCAGUGCUGCGGUGGCGCCGCACAGCCCAGAGUUCCUGCUGCAGGUGGCCCUGUACACCCGCCGCCAUCUUGGCCUGCGCUCCGUGAGCUGCUUCCUUCUGGCGCUGGCGGCCAUCUUGGCGCCAUGCCGCCCCCACCUGCGCCGUUACUUCGGGGCCAUCGUCCGCCUGCCCAGUGAUUGGGUGGCCGUGCCGCGCUUCUUCCAGGCGCUGACCCCCCCCUCCCACCGUCUCUCCCCCAUUCCCUCGCGCUCACUCCGCGAUUCGCUCGCCCUCUCCUUCGCCUCCUUCGACCGCCACCAGCUGGCCAAGCACCGCAAGCGGCUGCACAAGGGCCCACGCGGACGUCGCCGCGGCUGCCGUCGCUCCACGACCCCACAGCGCCGCGUCACCCCACAGGACUCGUUGCCCCCAUCCCUUUUCUCGCUCCGUUCCCUCGUGCGCCGGUUGCACAUCAGUGAGCCCAGGGAGAACGUGGCUGCACUGCUGGGCCGCAGGAUGAUGACCUCUGACCCCCGACCCCGGCUGACCCCCCCCGACACCUGGGAGCGGGGCGCUGAGCGCUGGGGGCGUGGCCAGGAUCCCCCCCGCCGUGACGUGGCAGCGUCUGAUUGUCUCCUCCCAGCUCCCCCUGCUGGCGCUGCUCCGCAAUCUCCGCUCUGUGAUCCAGGCUGGGAUCCGGCCCGAGUCGCUGCAAUGCAUUGUGGGACGGCUGUGGGACCCGGAGGCCGUGAGGCGGAGCCAGGUGCCGCCCAGCCAAUGGCUGCGUGCCAUGAAGGCGCUGCUGGGGCCGGCGCCAGAGCGCGCCCAUAGGAUGCCAUGGAAGCUCUGCCGUCGCCGUCAACGGUUCGUCAGGCCGCCAGCGGAGCUGAUGGAGGCGCUGAGCCAAGCGGCCCUGAGAGCAGCGGCGGCUCUGCCCC